AUGGUAGUGGUUUAUACAUUACUUAUACUUUUUCUUAUCGAAAGUGUAUUUGGUGGAGUCUCUUAUAAUUGGACAUACACUUACGAUGCUAGUUCAACUGCUUGGAAUCCAUUGAAAGGCUUGGUUCCUUACUAUUAUGGAACAGCAUCUCAACCUCAAGUGAAUUUUCCUCAUUCAAUGGAAAAUCAAUACUUUCCGAUGAAAAAUUUAAUGUCUGGCCCAAAUUCAUUCGAUUUUUCUUCGAUCGACACUGUUCUAAGGAAUACUGCAAGUAGAAAUCAUCAUGCUAUUGUUCGAGUCUAUGUCGAUUAUCCGGGAAAAAAUUUAAGUCUCUCUGUACCGGACUUUCUUUGGAAUGGACUUACUUUAUAUUCCGGAGGUUCUGGUCAAGGUCUCUUUCCUGAUUACAAUAAUCAAACUCUUAUUAACGCCAUGGUUACUCUUAUUCAAGCAUUAGGUCGAGCAUACGAUGGAGAUAUUCGAAUUGGAUUUUGGCAAGUAGGAUUUUUAGGUCACUGGGGUGAAUGGCAUACUUCACCUAAUUCGAGUUAUUUUGCAUCCAGUUCUUAUCAAAGUCAAAUUAUUGCUGCAUUUACUUCUUCUUUUGCUCGAACGAAACUUCAACUCCGUUACUUUGCUGUUACUGGAAAUUACAAUCCAACAAGUUUGAAUGUAGGGUUCCACGAUGAUUCCUUCUUUCAAGAUACGUAUGGAGCAUCGUGGAUGUUUUAUAAUACCAGUGUAACAGUAGGAGCUAUGAACCAAUGGAGAAGUCAACCAAUUGGAGGUGAAGUUCGUCCUGAAUUGAUGCCGUGUGCAUUUGCAAGCAAUCCUGUAACAGCCUGUGGAUCCAUAACUGCAUUAACCCCUUUAGACUGGCCUACAUGUGUUCAAUUGACUCAUUCAACAUAUCAAUGGCUUUUUUAUGCUUUUUCUACUCCGGGAUACACUGGUUCAGAUUAUAACAGAGCUGUCAACGGAUCUAUUAUGCAAGGAUACUCUUUCUAUGUAUCUCGAAUAACCGCCACAGAGAUGACUUGUUCAGGACUUUCACAUGUUAUGAGAAUCGCUAUAACAAUGUCUAAUGCUGGAAUUGCACCAUUUUAUUAUCCACUGAUUCUCAAUGUCAAAGCUGUUGAUACGACUAGCAGCUCUCCGGAUGUAUACAAAUCAAUUUCUGUUCCAAUUUCAAAUCAACUCGAUCAGAUUUCCUUUGUUUACUCUUUCGACAUAGCAGUACAAACCAAUGGAGUUAUACAAUUUUCCAUUUGGCUCAGUAGUCCAAAUCUUGUCGGAAGUCAAGCAAUUGUAUUUGCUGUUUCCGGCGCUAAUACUUCGGGAAUCAUUCAGCUUCCUACAGUAUCUAUAGGAUCGUGUGCGAUGGUUAGCUCUAGUGCAAGCUGUACGUCUUAUAUGGCUUCUGCUCAAGCUAAUGGAACUCAAGGCACUUCAUAUGCUAGUAGUUCCAAUUCUGGUAAUUUCAGCGAUCCAUGCUUGUCGUUUGUCACUUUUACCACCACUACUUCAACGACAGCUACUAAGAAUAAUUGUCCAUCCGUGCCAAUGAACACUAUGAUGCUGAUGAAUCUGUUUGCAUUAAUUUUCCUAUGCAUCAUAUCAACUAUUUAA